GGGCAUGUCAAGGCCAAAGAUGCUCAAUCCAUGUACUAUUUAUCCUCCAUAAUUCAUCACCCUCAACAAUUGAAAAAAACUGCAUUCAUAUAAACAUAUUCUAUAUAGCCGUAUGUAUACAUGUGUCUCCUGCGAUCUCCAGAAGAAAAACAAACAAAAUAUAUUUAUAAACGAACGAAAGAGUGAAAUAGGGAGAGGAAUACUUGGGCUACUGCUUCGACGACUAAGAAGAACGGGAGAAAACCUUGAGCAAAGUGGCCGGAAACCGUUGUCGGUGAACUUGACCAAAACCGCCGGAAGGAGAAGCAAGGAUGUCGCCGGACUGAUUUCAUGAGAGAGGGGUCGUCACCGUCAUCUUUGAGGAUGGAUCCGAGCCUGCUGCCGUCUCUGGAAGAGAAGGUCGUCGCCGAGAAAGAGGAGUACGCCGCAGUCAACGACAAUUCCGACUCCAUCCUGCCGCCGGAGUAAACAAGAUCGUCUCCUAGCGUCGCUGCCACCAAACGUUGCCUAGAAUAUGCGCGCCACUGACAGGAAGAAAGCAGGCCAGGGCUGGAGAGUAAAAGCCGGACAUGUGCCACCGAAGGAGAAUGGCCGGAGGAAAAGAAGUCGGUGGACUGGCCGGGUUAAACGUCGGGAGAUCAUCACCUCUGUCCUCGUGGAGCAGUGGAGGCGGAAGCCUGCUUCUCGUUGUCGCAGGGGUGGUGUCGCGUUGUUUCACCGGUGCUGAGUGAAGAAGACGCCGAAUAAGGUGAAUUUGGAGAAGUUCGAGGUAGAAAGCUUUGGAUUAGGAUUUAUCGUGAUUCGAGGUGAUGAUGACUGUGUUGAUUGUUGAUUCCAUGCGUCCGAGAGCGGUUGCUAGAUGCCUUAGUAAAACCUAGACAUGAAUGAACUUUUUAGUUACGUUGAACAUUUGUUUCUUCAUAUCUCAAUUAAUUAUGACUGUUUUGUUUUAGUUGCCUGUGCAUCCGGUUAAGAGAUGACCGGAUGUGGCGGUAACACCCGUUUCCCUAUUUAAAUUAUUUCCGCUGCAAGAUUUUUAUCAAUUUGAAUGAAUAAAGCAAGUUUAUUAUCAAUAAAUUAUUAUUUCAAGUAUUAUUUUUGGGCGGGAAAUUGGGGGUGUUACACCCAAUGUCACCUAUUACCGCCCUUCUCCCGGCCAGAAUAUCGUAGAUUCCCCUUCCCCCUUCACUUUGGGGUUCAUCUAGCUAGUUUGCAAGUAAGUCUCCGAUUUGCGCUACAUAAUGCCCAUUUCAGCGUCAUUAAUUACUACGGCGUGAUUUCGGGCCAACUUUCCCCAACUACCCAUAUGUUCAUAGUUGGGUUCAUCGCCCGGUGCCUUCAUUUGCAGAUUCAUCCCUUCAUUGAUCUUUUCCUCCACUUUGUUCACUCCAUGAGACCCAGUGCCUCUGAAUCCCUGGGUUAUCUUUUGAUUUCUCAAUGGGCUGGCCACCGUUUAUUUGAAGCCAAGUCCUACCCUGAUUCUUUCAAGGGUUGGAGGCAUAAAUGGGUUUGGGUCACCCCUGUCGAUGACAAGCUCCAGUUCACGAACAAAUGGGGGGAAUUAAUCCGGAAGUGGGUGAUGCCAUUCUUGUCAGAGGGGAACGCUGAAGCUGCUAGAAUGAUUGUUGAUGGGGUACCCUUCUUGAUGGGAUAUUACGUAGCGAGCGAUAAGAUGGCCUCCCGACUGGAACGACUUGCUGUCAAGGCUGGCUCCACCCCCGGUCCCUUGGUCCCUCUGAGGAAAACCCAAAUCAGGGGAGCUAUUGGGGCCGCCCCAGCAAAACCAGAGGGAUCCACCCCCGGAGACGGAGCUGUGAUACUACCCACAUUGGCCAUUGACCCUCAGCCCCCCCCCCCCCCAUUGACAAGGGGGCUGGGAAGAGGACGACACUCCAACCCGUCUCCCAGCCCAAGAAGAAAAGUAAGGCCGCUGUGAAACCUACUGAAGAGGUUGUUGAUGGGACUCAGACGCGCAGUCUAGAGGUGGUGGCAAUCAGGGGGAACCCCGACACCUCUCCAUACCGUCAGGCUUACUAUGAAGGCGGGCUCUACCUCUUUCUUCCGCCGCACCGUGAACCCAGUGUCCUUGGGUUUGGCUAUCACCCCCCUGCCGAUGCUGAGGAGAUUAAGGAUUUGUCUCCAUGGACUGCAAUUUGGCGCACUGUCCACGCCAUGUCUGAGAUGAGGGACACAACGAUUCUCAGGGCUUGUUGGGAGAUCUAAGGAACAAGGUGGGCGACCUGGAGCAGAGGCUGGCGGCGGUGGAGAUGGCACGAGUGACGACGAUGAAGGAGGCUGGCUCACUGCAGAAGAGGCUUGAUGACAUGGAGGCCACACACCGGAUCAUGGGAGGGGAGCUGAGGAGGAAAGCCGAGGAGGUCGGUCCGGCUGCUGUCCGGGCCUUAAAGGAAGGCCCCGAACUUCAGACCGAGGUGGACUGGGUCAUCUUAGUUCGCAGGGCUAAGAUAGCCCUCGGCUGGCUCCAAACUCCUGAGGGUGAGGACAGGCUGGCAGAGGAGGGGACCCAAUGCCUUCAAUUGGGUAAAUUCGAUAUGCAGAAGUUCAUUUACGAGGCCGUGCUUAACCGAGACCCCUCUUUUUGUGCCAAGGCAUGGGGGUUGCCAAGCCCUAUUGCUGUUGAAGAGAGCUCGGUCCCAACUGUCCCAGCCCCAGAAGUUCCACCCUCCGAAUCUGGUAACUGAUUGAUUCCUUUGUACAUCUUUAUUUUCUUUCAAACACACAUCUUUUCGAGGCCUGCGUGCUUGUAGUCGUUUUCCACCAUUGGGGUGGUUUGUAACAAACAUAUUUGCAUUCUCUGUUUUUUUUUUAUUUUUGCAUGUACAUAUACAUAAUUACUUUAAUUGCCUUUGCUGA